UUGACAAAUCCUUGAAUAGUAACUGCAGGGGUGAUGGAGAUUCGCAUAGGAUGACGCUUUAGCCCAUGCUUUCCCCGAUCGCUCAGCAAGACACCUUCCCCUAGUGGUAUCGGGCGUGCAUCCCACACGUGGAUUUGUCAAUCCGUCAUACAGCCAGAUGGCUCACCCGUGGCUUGAUAGGAUGAAAUUUCUUUCUUUCUGGCUUCUAGCGUACUGCGCCGCCGAGUUCCUGCAUGGUCAUACUAGGGUCCCCUGACGCAAGGCCUUGCUUCUUCGUCUAUUUUAUUUUUAUUUUUCUGUCGGUCGAGCCUCUAUCCCGACAGGGGAGUGAUCACACCCCGUCAUCAUACUUAAGUCCAGGUCGAUCGCUCGUUGGACUUUCACACUUUUUCUUCUUCUCGCCUCAUGCCAGUCCCCCACACUCACGCUCACAUCUCCCUAUACCACGAAAGUAUGAGUCGAAAAGCGGAUGCUGCCCGGCCAGACAAAGUCCAGCGGGCUCUCGGUGCUGCCAUCGACGCACUAGGAUAUCUUGCCAGACCCGCAUCAUCUGGGUCGCCCACGUUGGACUUCACAUACGUCGACCGGUUGCUCUCCGCAGUGGUCGAACCGCCGUCUCAAGGGAAACAAAAGAAUGGUCGCCGAGGGAUUGCGGUGAUUCGACAUUGGAUGGUAGAGGAUGGGCCCGGGGUUGCGCUGUUAGAAAUCCUGGGCCAGCUGCUCUGGCGCGUUGUGGAUAUGAACAGCGAGCAACUGGAGUGUUUGCGGGCCGAGCUCCACAACCAGCCUCGGUACCACGCUCUUAUCUACGAUCCUGCGUCGACACAGUUGGUGCUGCAGCGCCUGGAGCGGGUCCGUCUGCACAAGGAGAAAGCGUGCAUGGACCUGCGCGCCAGUCUGGUUGGCUAUUCGCUUGAAGCUGCUCACUCCGAUGCCUCGUCUGCUGCAUCCGAAAUCGAACGUCCCUAUUCUGCUGGCUGUGCCUCGGUAAUUUCUGACUCGGCCAGCACCUCAUCGGAACCGCUGUCGUGGGAUCCCCUAAUGUCAUACAAUGGAUUGAUUAAAUUGAGACCCGCGACGAUAAACUACCGCGGGUUGUGGAGCAACGAGAUGGAACGAGAUCUAUUAGACUUUUAUAUUAAUAUGUUCGCACCGGGCCAAACACUUUUCGCCGAAGAAAACGCCUACCUGGCGAUUUUACCCAUCGCACUGCAUUCCGAAAGCACACGAAAUGCGCUUUUCAGUGUCAGUGCCUCGUACAUGCGAGAUUAUGCCCUAUCGGAGGGAACGAAGUAUGGAUACAUGAACCACAACUAUAUGGUGCUGGCGGCGCAGGCGCUGCAGCGCGACCUCAGCGAAGGACAUGCUACUACAGAAAGCUGUCUAGCAGCAGGGAUGCUGCUAGUUCACCACGGAGUGAUAAAUGAGAGCGACACAGAUAUGUGCUGGUCGUGGCACGUACGGAUGCUCGGGGGGUUUCAAGGCGCCGGGGGUGGAUUCGACCCGACUUCUGAAUCAGCUCUGUUCAUGACCUACCAGUUAACGCUGGCGUUGACUGCUCAAACAACCAACCAGAUUCAGAACCGUCACGAGGGAUCGUCCGACUGGUUGUUGCAAUGUCCGCCGCGCGAGUCGCAGCGAGUCUGCGGCAUCCUGGGAAUGUCGCGUCGCAUGCUCAGCACGAUCUCCCGUAUCACAACGCUUGCUACGCUGUCGAUGUCGGACGAAGAGCGAAUCGCAGCGGCAGAGGCGCUAGAUGAUGAGAUCGUGAUGAUGAACCAAUGGUGUUAUCAGACACCGGGCGAGUCUCUUGAGGUCGCUCUGCAAACGGCACAGGCAUAUCAGCUGGCGGCACGCCUAUACCUGCUUUGCCGUGUACUUGGUGCAACUCCACUACAUUCCCAGGUCGUCAAUAUGCAGGCGAAGCUCUUUGAUAUUAUUAUGCGCCUUCCUAUCGAAGGACCCCUAUACACAGCAGCCUACCCUCUAUGGUGUGUCUUCAUCGCUGCAUUAACCUCGGGGUAUCGAGACAAAACGGAAAGGUUAUACGAAAGGUUGAACAGCAUUCAAAAACGUAAUAAAGGGAAUAUUUCCCCGGUUUUAUCAUGUCUCUCCAGUCUGUUUGGGUGGAUCAACAACCACCCAUUCGACAGUGUAAUACAACAAGGAUGGUGGGAUGCCAUGCUGGAGGCUCAACCACCGCGCAUGCGAUUAUUGAGUUUGGGAUAGACGGAUUUAUAGACCAUGUAUAAUUGACCCUGUAUGAUAAUGUUUGGUGAUAUGCA